AUGCUAAUGUUCAAUUUGAUGACCGUGAACAGUCAGAAAGUCUUGGACGCCAGAGCUGGUUUAUCUGUCAGAGAUAUCGAAGUAGCACUGAAUGAUGUGACUCAAGACAGUGAUGACGAAGAAUCUGCAAAACUCGGCGCUGGUAUUGAUAGUCUAGUAGAAAUGUCCAAUGAUAACUACAUCAAGGGUUCGUAUAAGAUUAUGUUGAUCAUCAGCGCAGACAGUACAAGCAGUGAUGCCGCAGUUCCAUCGGCAGAGUUUGCAUCUGGUGAUUUCGGUCAUAACAUCAUAGGAUUGUCAGUCCGAAAACCAUCUACAGACUUACUUACUACUAUGGCUGGCGUAGGAACG